AUGGAAACACAGGUACCUCAGAAUGUUAUGGAGGAUGCCAUUGCGGUGUGGAACCGUUUGCAAUGUUGGGGAAACGCUAGCAACUAUCUUCUGGCGUUGAAUAACCCGUGCAUGCAGCACCAAAAGCAUGGCGUAACAAAAUGGGAUCCCUACUCGAUACGUCUUGCAAGGCGCGUCGUUGCGGUGGUGGAGCGGCUUGACAACCACAGAGAGAAGUCUCUGGGGUUAGGCGCCACACCACGUGAAAAGUUACUGGCACUGGCUGAAGUUGUGCGGUUGUGUUUGGAAUCGUUUGACCCUCUGGGAACUCCGUUGGUGCAGGGGGCAGCAUUUCCCUUCAAAACACCGUCAUCAUUCCUCUCGCCAUCGCCUCCCGUUGAGUGGGAAAGAGCUGUUGAUAAGCGAGUUGUGAGUGGUACCAUGAUCAUGGAGGGGCUACACAUCCUCACUUAUCCCAGUGUGCAACUGAGAAUUGAAGCAAGUGUUGAGCAACUGCUGCAACACAUUAUGGAAGAGUUUAACGGUGGAAGCAAAAGGACGAUGAGACACUCACCGGAGGAGUUGCGAGCGCUACGAGCAACCACCAUGCUUCUGGAGGAUUUCGAUGCUUUGUAUAAGCGUAUUGUAUGCGUGUUUCCGUGUGUUCGAAUGAUGGGAUCGCCGCAUAUUCCUGUUGCUCUGUUACCUAUCGUAAUUAAAUUGUACUACAAAAUGGCAGAAUGGGUGCGAGACGCAGAGGUCACUGGGGAAUUGAACAGCUUCGCUCAGAUAACGGUAUUCAAGAAGAAGAAGUUGUUCGUGAAGAUGCGUCGGGGGGAUAAGAAUGUACCUUGGGGACUGCAGUUUAAUGAUGAGGGAAGAGUGGUACAAGUCAACCCAUCUGUGCGUUCCGGUUCCCACGCCGCUGAGGUGUUGCAUGGUUUGACACAAUUCUUCAAGAAGGGUUUGUCGAUAGUUGAACUGAAUUCACAACCGGUUAGCUUUGCAAAUUUGACUGCAAAGCAGGCGACAGACAAGCUUCACUUUUGGACAAUUGAUGAUUCUCGUCUGUCCCUUACAAUGCAAGACGACCACACGACUCCUCCUUUACUUGAGCAACUCGCCUUUUUUGUGGUGCCAGGCGCUAAAAAACAGUGUGGAACACUACGUGAUGGAGAUGAUACGUGUGCGACGCUCGUCCUCCAUAGGGAACUCUGCGGAAUAUCAUGGGACAUCCGCCUCACCUCGGAGCUGUGUGUAGUGGAUGUACCCACCAGCAUUCUCUCUAAGGAGGCGGCAACUUUCUUCAAAACUCACCACAAGCAGCUGCGCAUUGGGGCUAUAAAUGGUGUUAAAGUGACGAGAGCGUAUCAAGUAGAAGCACUGAGUCAGUUCGUCAACACGAUCGUGAUUGAUUUUUACAAAGUCCCACCCCCAGAGACGGUACCUGCACAAGUAAAACCGAAACGGGUCCCUGCCCUGAAGAGUGAUACGAAAAAUACACCCUCUCAACAUACCUCUGUGGUUGUGACUGCUACUGCAGUAGCUGCUCCAGAAACCGUGAAGCGCAUUGCGAACGAUGGCAAGGAGCAGCAACUGAGGGAGGUGCAAACAUCAAAAAAGAAGAUUGAAGAUUCAUCUCCACUUGAUAAGGCAGGCGGUAAAUCCAACAGUACAACUGCUAUUGUCCAUGCAAAGGAGGCACCACUCGUACUGGUUUCCACCGUGGCUGAGAAAUUGAGGAGUAUCGCGAGAGCAGGAAGCAUUCCGGGGAAAAAUGGUGCCAACGGUUUUUUGGAGGAUGCUGAAAGAAGAGCAGUAAGCAAGAACGAUGAGUACCGCUCUGCAACGAAACAAAAUGAGGUGCGAGGCAACCUUGACGGUGAUGUGACGACUUCUCUUACAGACACAGUGAUGGUGUUGGAUAUGGAUGGCGCGGAGCCACUUACUUUCCCCAACAAUGUUACAAUAAAUAUGUUGACACCUGAGGAGAUGGUGGUGCAGCGACCAUCAUGCGAAAAGAAGUGGGGAUUCUCCCUUGAAACGGAAGGAAUGUACCCUAAAAAGACCAUUCACAUGUCUGGACUUCCGCGUAUGCUGGAUGAACAAUGGCAUCACCCGUUCAGCAAACUGUUUCGUUCACGUAAAGGUGAAUGGCGCAUUGCUAGUGUGAACGGGACCCCGGCGUCACAGUUGCCCGAAGUAAUUGACGUAAUGAAACAUGCUUUGAAGAUGCAAAUUAAGUUCAUUAGACGAUGGUAG